AGAGGAAGUGGCGGCCGCGGCCGGGGGAGGCUGGAGCUGUGUCUGCGCGGGCUGCAAGCAACGGCUGAGGCGGCGGCGGCGGCGGCGGUAGCGUGGGUUGGGCUCAAGCAGACGGCCGCACCUCAGACUCCCUGGAGCGGGAGCCCACGCGGGCGGGCUCCUGAAACAAAGAGCAGCGGGAGUCCAGACGCCGCGGGUGGGCGGUCAGCCGGUCAGCACCGAGCCCGCCAGCGGGUGCCCGCGCUAGCCCGGAGCGCGGCCGGCCGGCGCGGCCUGAGGGCGGGAAGAUGCCGCGCGUCGUCCCCGACCAGAGAAGCAAGUUCGAGAACGAGGAGUUCUUCAGGAAGCUGAGCCGCGAGUGUGAGAUUAAGUACACGGGCUUCAGGGACCGGCCUCACGAGGAGCGCCAGACACGCUUCCAGAACGCCUGCCGCGACGGCCGCUCGGAGAUCGCUUUUGUGGCCACAGGAACCAAUCUGUCUCUCCAGUUUUUUCCGGCCAGCUGGCAGGGAGAACAGCGACAGACACCUAGCCGGGAAUAUGUCGACUUAGAAAGAGAAGCAGGCAAGGUAUACUUGAAGGCGCCCAUGAUUCUGAAUGGAGUAUGUGUUAUCUGGAAGGGCUGGAUUGAUCUCCACAGAUUGGACGGUAUGGGUUGCCUGGAGUUUGAUGAGGAGCGAGCCCAGCAGGAAGAUGCAUUAGCACAACAGGCCUUCGAAGAGGCUCGAAGAAGAACUCGCGAAUUUGAGGAUAGAGACAGGUCUCACCGGGAGGAAAUGGAGGUGAGAGUUUCACAGCUGCUGGCAGUAACUGGCAAGAAGACAACAAGACCCUAGUCCUGGUUCCAAUUUAGGUGGUGGUGAUGAUCUCAAGCUUCGUUAAUAUGUGCGGCCCAUCUCUACAUACACACUGCUUCUAGUUGGUAUAAAUAACUCAUUGUGCGACCAGAAACUGUGAUAACUGGAGGUACUACAGUCUAUUUUAUGACCUGAGGCAGUAAAAGGCAUCAUCAGCUGCCAUGGUUUUGCACUAUAAUACCUGCAUUUCUGAUUUUUAAAACAUGUAGCCAGUAAUAAUUUGGAAUUUUUUUCUAUGCAAGCUUAUAUUGUUGGCAUUAUUUUAGUUGGGUUGAAAGUCUCUACUUUCUCCAUUUUAAUUUUAAAAAAGCUCAUGUCAUUAAAAAACAAGAUAAGAAAUUGAAAUUUGUAUCAGGGUUUUCUUCAGCAGUUGCUUAAAAUUAUUUUGUACUUUCAGACAAGUUGGUUCUACAGCUUUCCUUCUAGAUAAGCAUUCUUUGUUUGUGUUUGUUUUCUCCAUAUCAUUUUGUUUUUUGUAUUCUACAUUAUUCUAAAAAUGAAGAUGUGUUUGCAUUUUUUACAAGCUAAAAACCUAGCAGCAUAGAGCUGUCUGCCACAGCCUCCUAAAACAAAAGUUUACAGUUGUUAAAGUAACAGUAUCCUUUUAAAUACUAAUACCCUUUCUUGCCCUUUUAAACAUAAAAAUUUUAAAUUAGUAUUUUUAUUUGUCUCAGAUCUGUUUCAGGUUGUAAUCUAUAAUUAUGAGUUUGGGUAGAGGUGUAUUCUCCCUAGUCGAUAAUGUUCUACAGAAAUGCCCAGAGAAGUCACAGACUGGCUUCUGUUUUAUUCAGGGAUUUUUUUUUUUUUUUAAGUCAAUCAGAAAAGGGAUACUGGAACUUCUUGUAUGUAACAGCAUAUUAAACUGGAGGCAGUGAUGAAUCAGCUACAAAGGUAAAUUGUAUUAAAAUCAUGUUUAAGAUAGCUGCUUUCAUGUGUAUUUUGUAUUGCAUGCUUUUGUAGAAAUAAUACUGGGUGAUGAAGAUUAGUCUUAGAAUAUGUUCAACUGUGCAGAAGAUACAUUUUCUUCCAUUAAUUCUGGGCAAAACAUUCACAGUUAUAUAUGAUGGUAUUUUGCAAAAGGACUUAAUAUAGUGCAUUUUGAGAUGAAUUGGUGUAACAAUAUUUUUUAAAUAGGCUUAGUGUCAAAUUGCAAUUUUUUUAAAUAUAAAACUGGAAAAAAGUGCUAAGUCAUUUGGCACAUGCUUACAGAUACUUUUCUUGGUCAUAUUCAUUAAAUGUUACUACAUUUCUGAAUUUUUGCAAAAAUGUAUUUUAUCAUAAAAUGGCAUUAUUUUAGAGAAUUUUAAAAACUGACAUGGUCAAUUCAGAAAAGUCUGAAUAAGGUCAUUGCAUUUAAAAAGCAUAUAAAGAUACUUGAUUGUGGAGGUGUGUCUUUCAUUGUAUAUAAGUCUUAUAAUUCAUAAACAAAUACCCUGUAUCUCAAAAUAAAAAUAUUUGUUAUAUAUUUGAA